UUUUUUUUGAUAGGCUGGUAUGGUCACGUGCCAUCCAUCAAACUGAGACUGGGAGUUAUACCACCACAUGUGCUACCCAUCCACCAGUCUUAGGUUAGUACCACACCUUCAUGUAUUCUAUAUAUUGCCAAAAUGUAACCAUCACUCGACACACAAAUCCCAGUUUCAAGUGAUUACUUUACAUCAAUCUACCGGAAAAUGCUUAGCAUCCAGGAGUUCCGAAAGGCGCAACGGGCCGAAGGUCCGGCUAAUAUUUUGGCCAUCGGGACGGCCACACCGCCUAAUUGUGUGCUCCAAACCACAUAUCCGGAUUACUAUUUUCGUAUUACGAAAAGUGAGCACAAGAAAGACCUCAAAGAGAAAUUCACACGAAUGUGUGAAAAAUCCAUGAUUAAAAAACGAUACAUGUACUUGACCGAAGAGAUUUUAAACGAAAAACCCAACAUGUGUGCAUACAAUGCCCCGUCCUUAGACGAUAGACAAGAUAUUGUGGUCGUGGAAGUACCGAAGCUCGGUAAAGAGGCUGCAACACGCGCCAUCAAGGAAUGGGGCCAACCGAAGUCGAAGAUCACACACCUCGUGUUUUGCACGACAAGCGGUGUUGACAUGCCCGGAGCCGAUUAUCAACUCACUAAGCUCCUAGGCCUUCGGUCUUCGGUCAAGCGGUUUAUGAUGUACCAACAAGGUUGUUUUGCGGGUGGCACGGUCCUUCGUAUGGCCAAAGACUUGGCCGAGAACAACAAGGGGGCUCGGGUACUCGUUGUCUGCUCCGAGAUCACUGCGGUAACGUUCCGUGGGCCCGAUGACUCCCACCUUGAUAGCCUAGUGGGCCAGGCUUUGUUUGGUGAUGGUGCAGCCGCAAUCAUAGUUGGGUCUGACCCGUUACCUGAUAUCGAAAAGCCACUUUUCGAGAUCAUUUCUGCUGCUCAAACUAUUCUCCCCGAUAGCCGGGGCGCGAUCGAUGGACACCUUCGCGAGGUUGGGCUUACGUUUCAUCUUCUUAAAGAUGUACCGGGACUUAUCUCGAAACAUAUCGAAGAAAGCUUAGUCGAGGCUUUCCAACCGUUGGGGAUCGAUGAUUGGAACUCGCUAUUUUGGAUCGCGCACCCAGGUGGGCCUGCGAUUUUGGACCAAGUCGAAGAAAAACUAGCCUUAACGCCUGAUAAGUUACGGGCCACACGACAUGUGCUCAGUGAAUACGGUAACAUGUCGAGUGCUUGUGUUCUUUUUAUUCUAAAUGAAAUGCGACACGCUUCGGCUACAGACGGCUUCAGUACCACCGGAGAGGGCCUCGAGUGGGGCGUGUUGUUCGGCUUUGGACCGGGGCUUACUGUUGAAACCGUGGUCCUCCAUAGUGUGCCCAUCUAGUCGAUGGAUCGUGGUUUUAUCAAGUAAUGUGUGCUAAAAACAUCCUGUUUUAUAUUCUUCCGGUUUGCAUAAUUAUAGGCAUCGUCUUUGUUAUUAUGCCAAUAAUAAUAGGUAAUUCAUUGCUUAAUAUAUUUGAAUGAAAAUUGUAUUA